AUGGAUGUCGGGAAUGAUACAUUAUAUGAUGGCCACGAUGCUGAUAAUUUUAAAAAUGAGAUGGAUGAAAAAGAGUUAAAUAAAAACAGUUCAUACAUUGAUGAUAUACUUAACGAAUCAAGUGAUGGUGAAAGUAUAAAAGAUGGAAAAAAAGAAGGAAAGGUGGAUAAUGAAAAUUUUUUUUAUAUAAAUGAUGUUUUAAAACGAAAUUAUCCAGUAGAAUAUGAAGAAAAUAAAAUAUACCCUAAAGUAUAUUGUUAUGAACCCCAAAAUUUUGAAAAAUUUAAGAAAAAAUUAAAAAAUAAAAAUGAACUGAGACAUUAUGAAUGCUAUUCUUCUACAAUGAAUGAAUUUUUUUAUAAAUAUAAUGAAAAUUAUUAUGAUGGUAUUUUGAAAAAUGAAUCCUUUAAAAAAUUUGCAGAAGAAUUAUGGGCAAAUAGAUCUAAUAUAAAAAAUGAAACAGAAUAUAAUGAGUUAUGCAUUCAAUUACGUAAAAAAUAUAAAGUUAGUCCUUCGAAGCAUCAAAUUGGUGUUGCUUUACAACAUUAUUAUUUGAAAUCAUUGAAAAGCAAUAAUGGGGAGAAUACUGACGAUAACGAUAUAAUUAAUUAUAAUAAAAAUAGCGACGAUGUAGAUGAUAAUAAUCAAAAUGGCUUUGAAAAAGGAUCUAAUACAUCAGAUGUUUCAAACACAAACAAUGUAGAUAUUGAUGACGCAACGGUGGAAGAUAAUAUGAAUAAUGAAACAAUAAAAAAAAAACAAAAAAAAGUAAGAAUAGUUGAAAAUAAUGAAAAUGAUAAAGAACAUACUACCGAGGAUGAUGAUAACGAAUUUAUUAUAAACAAGAAGGGUAAAGAUGUAAAGUUUACUUUUGAAAAUGUUAACAAAAUGAUAAUUGCAAAAGAAAUGACAAAUUAUAAAGAUUUAGAUAAAGAAAGUGUAAAUUUUUUACAAAUAAAUAAAAGAAAAGGUGUACGAUCUAAUAGUGGUGUUUUAGUUGUUACUAUAAUUACUCAUCCUCAUAAAUUUAGUUGCAAAUAUGAUUGCCAUUAUUGUCCAAAUGAACCUAAUCAACCUCGAUCUUAUUUAUCAACUGAACCAGCUAUAUUAAGAGCCAAUCAAAAUAAUUUUGAUGUAAUAUGCCAAUUUUUUAACAGAACUACAACAUUGGUAAAUAAUGGGCAUGUUGCUGAUAAAAUAGAAGUGCUAGUAUUAGGUGGUACAUGGAGUUGCUAUGAUGUAGAAUAUCAGCGUGAAUUUAUUCGGGAUAUAUAUUAUGCUGCUAAUAUAUAUCCAAUAUUAAAAAAUCGAAGAAAAAAAUUAAGUUUAAAAGAAGAACAAGAAUUAAAUGAAACAAGCAAUUGUAGAAUCAUUGGUUUAACAUUAGAAACACGACCAGAUCAAAUUAAUAAAGAGGAAUUGCUCAGAUUAAGAUAUUAUGGAUGUACUAGAGUUCAAUUGGGUAUACAACAUGUUGAUGAUUAUAUUUUAAAAAAAGUUAAUCGUCAAUGUACAUUAAAAGAUUGUAUAAGAGCAAUAUAUUUAUUAAAAGAAAAUGGGUUUAAAGUAGAUAUACAUUUAAUGCCAGAUUUACCAUAUUCAAAUGUACAAAAAGAUAUUGAAAUGUUUAAAUAUGUAUUAAUGUCAACAGAUUUACAAGCUGAUCAAUGGAAAAUAUAUCCAUGUGAAAUUACUCCAUUUACUAAAAUAGAAAAAUGGUAUAACAAUAAUGAAUUUAAGCCAUAUUUUGAAACGGAUAAAAAUUUAUUAAUUAGUGUAAUACUGUUAGUUAAAAAAUCAAUUCAUCCAUGGAUACGAUUAAAUAGAGUUAUUAGAGAUAUUCCUAAUCCAUCUAUUAUUGCUGGGAAUAAUAUUACAAAUAUGAGGCAAUUAAUAGCUACUGAAAUGAAUAUAAGAAAUAUUUAUUGCCAAUGUAUUAGAUGUAAAGAAAUAAAAAACCAAGAACUUGAAAAAAAAAGUGACUCAAUUUUUUUAAAAAUAUAUAAAUAUCCAACUUUAGGAGGAGAUGAAUUUUUUAUAACAUUUCAGGGUAAGAAACUGAUGAAACAUCAUGGAAAAAGUAAAAAGGCAAAAAAAAAACAGCAAAAAGAAGAAAAAAGAAAAAGAAAUGAACAGGAAAAACUAAAAAGGAAUAACUUAGCAGAACGAUUAGCUCAAAAAGAAAAUAUCGAAAAUAUAGAUAAUGAUGAUACAUGUGAAACAGAUGAUUUCAUUGGAAAUUUAUAUGACCAACCAAAUGACGAUGAAAUAAAUCGUACUGAAAAUAAUCGAAACUUUUUAAAAAAUACUCCAAAAAGUACCACGAAAAAUGUACUUAAAAAUAAUUACUCGAAUAAGUAUGAAAGGGAAGAAAAAAAUAAUGAAGAGGGGGAAUAUGAUAAUGCCCAUUCUUUGUUAGGAUUUUUGAGACUUCGAUUAAGAAAAGAAAAUGAUUAUUGUAAAGAUAGACCAUUUAAAUGUUUAGAAAAUGCAGCAUUAAUUCGAGAAUUACAUGUAUAUGGAUCUUUAUUAAAGCAUGAUGAUUUUAAAGAUGAAUUAAAUUUUAUACAACAUAAAGGAUUGGGAAAAUGUUUAGUUUUAGUUGCUGAAAUUAUUGCUUAUUCAUAUAAAUAUAAAAAAAUGGCUAUUAUUGCAGGUGUUGGUACAAGAGAGUAUUAUAAAAAAUUAGGAUAUGUUAAAGAAGAGACUUAUAUGACAAAAAUGUUAAAUACAAAAGAUAUGUAUAAAAAUUAUUUAUUAAAUAUAAACAGAAUUAAAGAAAAUAUAGUUAUUUAUAACUACGAUUUAAAACAUUGCCUUUAUUUAAUGCAUAAAGAGAUACCCGAAAUAUCAAAAUAUAAACGAAGUGAAAUUCAAAACUUAAAUGAAUAUAUUAAUGAAAAUAUAAUACAAUUAGGAAUAAAUGAUUAUAUGGCAUAUAAAAAUGAAUCAACUAUAUCUAUAAUAAAUGUGAAAAAAGUCCUAUCUAUUAAUCAAUAUAAUAUUAUAAGUAUGUUUGUAAACACAUUUAAUAAAAUUUAUAAAAAUAUAUACUAUAGUAAAAAUAGAUUCCUUUUUAAUACUUAUACUGUAAUGUUUUUUAGUACUACAUUUUUUAUUUCGAUGCGGCUUUUAAAAAAUCGACAUCAUUAA